AUGUCGGGGGGGGGGUGUGUGCACGACCAUCCAGUGACACAGAAGAGCGCAGAUAGGCCGCUAUAUAAACCGCAUCUGCGUCUGCGUUUGCUGAGUGAACCGACGCAGACGGACCAAAGCGCGCUCCUCACUACAGCACCUGCUCCUCCAGAGCAAACUUCCACACACAGCCCUGAACCCACAUGCGCCAUGCUGCCUGAGACCCUCACAUUCGCGCUGCCCUGCUCGCGCUCCCGGUGGGGCUCGGUGGUCGUCAUGGUGCUGCUCAUCCUGUCCGCCACCGCCACGUGCGCAUGCUGCACCACCGUAGAGCACGACCUGCACAUCGUCCACAAUGUGGAUAACAGAAGUCCAGAGAUUGACCCGUUCUGGUACGUGGGGCGCGGCGUGAGGCCUAUUGGUCGCUUCGGUAAGCGUGAGAGCGCACGGAGCGUGCAGCCUGUGCUCGGUUCUCUCGAGCUGCUGCUCAGUGCUCUCCGAAGCGAGGAGGGCGCACGCGGGGUCAGGAGCUCAGGCCCCGCACUCGCCCAUGACGACGAGGACUGGCUACCGUGA